GAGCGCGUGGUGCGCAGUCACUGUGGAGCUGCCAGCGACAGGUGCGAACUCAGGGGAUCCUCUGUGCCGUCCGGUCCUCGCCGUCAGGGAGUAGCUGGAUGCGAGUCCGCUGAGCGUCUGAGAUGGCCGUGCGUCCUGGGCUCCUCUGGCUGCUCGGCCUGGCUCUGUGCGCUCUGGGUAGCGGCCACCGCCUGCGUCCCCCGUAUGUCUUUCCCCAGCGUCGCUUGGGAAUACACGAGCGCCGAGAUAUGCAGAGAGAGAUCCUGGCGGUGCUCGGGCUGCCUGAGCUGCCCCGACCUCGUGCGUCCCCCGCCGCCUCCCGGCAGCCAGCAUCCGCGCCCCUUUUCAUGUUGGAUCUGUACCAUGCCAUGGCUGAUGAUGACAACGGUGGGCCCCCUCCACCUCACCUGGGGCGCUCCGACCUAGUCAUGAGCUUCGUCAACAUGGUGGAGCGUGACCGUACCCUGGACUACCAGGAGCCACACUGGAAGGAAUUCCUCUUUGACCUAACCCAGAUCCCUGCAGGGGAGGCUGUCACAGCUGCGGAGUUUCGGAUAUACAAAGAGCCCAGCACCCACCCGCUCAACACAACCCUCCAUGUCAGCAUGUUCGAGGUGGUCCAGGAGCACUCCAACAGGGAGUCUGACUUGUUCUUUUUGGAUCUUCAGACGCUCCGAUCUGGGGACGAGGGCUGGCUGGUGCUGGAUAUCACUGCAGCCAGUGACCGCUGGUUGCUGAGCCAUAACAAGGACCUGGGACUCCGUCUCUAUGUGGAAACCCAGGAUGGGCACAGCAUGGAUCCUGGCCUGGCUGGUCUACUCGGACAACAAGCACCACGGUCCAGACAGCCUUUCAUGGUUGGUUUCUUCAGGGCCAGCCAGAGUCCUGUGAGGGCCCCUCGGGCAGUGAGGCCACUGAAGAGGAAACGGCAGCUAAAUAAAACCAACCAAAUGCAGCAUUCCAACAAACACGCAGGAGUCUUUGAUGAUGGUCACGGCUCCAGAGGCAGAGAUGUUUGCCGUAGGCAUGAGCUCUAUGUCAGCUUCCGGGACCUCGGCUGGCUGGACUCCGUCAUUGCCCCUCAGGGCUACUCAGCCUAUUACUGUGCUGGAGAGUGCAACUACCCAAUGAACUCUUCCAUGAACUCUACCAAUCAUGCCAACAUGCAGGCCCUGAUACACCUGACGAAGCCAGAUGUCGUUCCCAAGGUGUGCUGUGUGCCCACGGAGCUGAGUGCCAUUUCUGUGCUCUACUAUGACAGAAGCAACAAUGUCAUCCUGCGCAAGGAGCGCAACAUGGUAGUUCAGGCCUGUGGCUGCCACUGA